GAGAUUGCACCGGUGGCUAAGCCACCGGUUCUUCCAAUACUUCAGCCAUGGUGCAGAUGCAAAAGCUUGGACGCUUCAAGAGGCUUUUGGGUCAAACUCGGAAGCCAAACACUGACUGGAAGCCAAACUACGGCUUGUUGACCAGGCGAAAGCACCACCCUUUGAUUCUGAAUGGUUACCCGCAAUUUGACAAGCCGUACGAUCCUGACAAUCGCAGAACUCCUCCAACGCAGAAGAAAUACAGACCACCAGUUCCUCCACCUGUCGUCAAGGCAAGUCGAAACUCAUCCGACUACAACGAAGACAAUUUCCACCAACUGAAGAGCAAAUUUCAAUUCGAGGUCAAGGGCAUGUUUCAUGACAAGGGCUAUCUAGCCGAAAAAGAGGUCUUCACUGCUGCCUUCAAUCUCCAUCUUGUGGGCUGGUUGAAGAUUCGAAGCAACUUCAUGCUGGGUCAUGUGCAGGGUGACACCUACGCCCUGUCAUACUUUAAGAAAUACUUGGAGGAGAAACAUCUUUCCAAGGAAGCUGGCACCAUUGACUGGGUUCGGCUCUUUGAGUACAACACGGGGCUUUCGACUCCAUUGCAAUAUCGACACUUGUACUGCGAGAAGGACUGGCGGAAGUACCGGCGCCGCAAGGCUCAUAUCAUGUCACUCUAUGAGAAGUGGCAGAUACGGCGCUUGCAACAAGAAUCUUUGGAACGCCGGGAGAAGGAGUUGAAGGUCAUCGACGAGAAAUGUCUAAGAAAUUACUAAAUCAAAA